GACUUUUUAGAAGUACAGCACAAGAUGAAGAACUUUGUGGUGUUUGCUGUUAUUGUCACGUUUUGUCAGAUUGGGAGGAAUCCUGCCAGUGGCUGAGUCUACCUGUCUGUGCAAUCCACCUACCUAAUUGACCUACCUACAGUACCUACCUACCUGCCUGCCUGCCUGCCUGCCUGCCUGCCUGCCUGCCUGCCUGCCUGCCUGCCUGCCUGCCUGCCUGCCUGCCUGCCUACCUACCUACAGCACCUACCUACACGGGGAUGUGCUGGCUCCAGCAGAGCCAGCGGUGCGACAUGGUGCUGAUGAAAGGGGUCACCAGAGAGGAAUGCUGCACAGGGGGCCGACUGGACACGGCGUGGUCCAACAACAGUCUACCCAUGAACGAGGUCAGCCUGCUGGGUUUCCUCGGCAUCGUCUCCUGUAAACCCUGCAAAGAGACGUGUGAGGGUGUGAAGUGCGGUGCCGGGAAAGUGUGCAAGAUGAAGAUGGGAAGGCCACAGUGUGUGUGCGCCCCAGACUGCUCCCACAUCGGACGCAGGCACGCCGUCUGCGGCAGCGACGGGAAGUCGUACAAGGACGAAUGUGUCCUGCUCAUGGCCCGCUGCAUGGGACACCCCGACCUGGAGGUCAUGUACCAGGGAGAGUGCAAAAAGUCGUGCUCCAACGUAGUGUGUCCAGGAACACACACUUGUGUGACGGACCAGACCAACAGCGCCCACUGUGUCAUGUGCCGCUCCACGCCCUGCCCAAAACCACUGCCCUCCGAGCAGCCCAUCUGCGGCAACGACAACAUCACGUACCCCAGCGCCUGCCACCUGCGCCGCGCCACCUGCUUCCUUGGCCGCUCCAUAGGAGUCCGCCACUACGGCCCCUGCAACAGUCCUCCGAGGAAACCGCACGUGUUUGACGGCAGCGAAGAAAACGCCAUAUAGACGUGGACAAAUACACCACGAGCUGACCUCUGUUGAUUAUGUGACAAUCAUCCCUCCCUUUUGUAAACAAUUUGUUUGAUAUGGAAGCAGUGGCGUGGCGUUGGGGAGGUGCGAGCAGAGUGGUAGCCCCGGGGGGAAAUUUGGGGGUGCAUAACAUUUCCAAAAAUAUGUAAUAGUAGUGGUCAUAAUAUUUAAAAAGUGAUCAUUUUAGACUUCCGUUUAAGAGUCCCUAUCUGUCCUCAAACUUUGCUUUAUAUGUUUUGAAAAUCUACUAGAGUAAUGCACCAUGCCACAGACAAACACAAUUUGGCUAUAAACGCUGACUCCAACUUGUUUGGCUCACUUUCGCAUUGUCCGAAGUUAUCAAAAAGUACGGUACGGAAGCUGUGUUGUAGUGUGGAAUAGUUGACCCGGGUGUAAUGUUUUGGGGGUGCGCAAAAAAAAAAAAGUCAUACAAAUAGUAGUCACA